AUGCAACGCAGAUUUUAUGGGCCUUUAAUGGGUUUUGGUUGUAAUCAUGUUGAAACACAAAAUUAUUUACACACCAAUCAUGACAAAAGUUACAGCAUCUUGAAUGCAUUGUGCUUGCUGAUGUCUUCAAAGUCAUUAACAACAUAUCAGUCUUUCAACAAAGUAGCUAAACCGCUAAACUUAUUCUAA